CGACAGAAUAGUGAAUGACACAUUUAUGCAGUUUAGAUCAAGACACAACCCUAACUGGUAUUUAGGAUUUGAUAAAAUCACUGGAAAACCAUUACACUAUAGGCCUAAUAGGAAUAAGACAAAUUCCAAAAAAAUCAGCAAAAAAUUCAGGAAAGAAUGUACACAAUUUGUAGCACAUGACAAAUCUUCGGAAGGAGUUUCACAGCCAACAAAAGGACGCGCAACAGAAGCGCCAAAACUACAUCUAGGCGAUAUAGAUGACGAUUAUAUGAUGAGUUAUUUGAAUAUUUCAACUAAUGAAAAGAGAUGACACCCGCUCAUAAUUCCCAAUGUGUCUAAUGUACACACUGCCAUAUUUCCAGUGCAAUCCCACUGACAACAAGAUACAAUAUGUCAGCCGGCAGCAUUGCCGCAAAGCAGUCGUACCUGCAACGUCCUGAUGCGUUUAUGUGGGGACCCGUAAGGCAGUGUAACAUCGUAAAUAGAUGAACGCAGCUGCAUCGUCUAUGCCUUACUAAAUGGUAUUUAUAUACGCACGAACGCACCCAUUACGCAAGCACAGGCAGAGACGAACAAGAUGAGAAAUACGUGCAAUGAUGAAUCUAUACCACUGAAGAACUACGAAGCUGGCAUUGACGGUUCGCUAGCUCUGUUUCAGAGACCGAUGAUACACAUACGUAGCAGUUUUUAUAGUAACUGCAGUUUCGGAGAUUUUAAAACAAAAAACUUGUAAUAAAGUAGAUAUAUUAAAGGC